GGAUAAAAGGCUUUGGCGAAUCGAGUUUGACACACUCAAGUGGAAGAACUGGAACAUGGCUCGUCUCAUUUCGCUGAUCGUGUUGCUCGUCGGUGCCGGCCUGGCCGACGAAUCUUCAAACAAGGAUUUUCAAUUGGAAUUGUUGAAAAUGUUGAACGAGACCAACCAGAAACUCAACCUUUUGACAAAACUUGUACAUGAUCAUGCUGAAGAUGCCGAAAAUCAGUUCGGCGACGUUCGGAAAACCUUGAAAUGCUUACGAGCUAGUUCAGCGAAAACGACGCUGUUGUCAAACGGGAAAAUGUACUCGUUCCAGCUAGUUGAGAAAUCUUGGAGUUCAGCCAACGAAACUUGCGAAAAGCAAGGACUGCACUUGGCCAAAAUCAGGGAUUCGGACGACCUGAAGUUGGUGCUGGAAGAGGGCAACAAAGUCAGUCAGUACACUGUAAGUUGGUGGGUUUCGGCGAAAAACGACGGAAGCGGAAGUGAAAAGGACUUCCGGUGGCACGACGGGACCAAAUUGGACGGGAACAGUUCUUUGUGGAGGAAGGGCGACUUUGAAAAUGACGACUGCGUUCGUGUCUAUAAUAAUUUCAGCUACAGCCCCUUUUACAGCCACAACGAGGUGAACUUGUACAGACAUCCGUGCACCGAUUCCUCAAAAUACAUUUGUGAAGUUCCAAGCGAAUGCUACUGAGCAAAAGUAGCAAAAACUUUUUAAUCAAUGAAAUGGCAUUUUUAAUUCUAAAUUUAUCUUAUUACAACCGAUAUUUUUACUCUUCACUGAAAUUAAUUCAAUUUAAUUAAAGAAAUUAUUUAUUUAUCUAUAAAACAGUUAAUUUUCUUAUUUUUUAAAGAAAAUAUAUGCAAAUAUAUGAAUAAAAUUAGAUUGGAGAUUUCCGCUAAUAAAAGUUGAUAAGAUGAAAACAUGCAAAAUUUUCCGAUUUGAUUGUCACCCGAGAUUUCAUUUCUUAUCUUCCAUU